AUGUCUCUGCAUAUGCUACUGCAGUGUGUUUGACACAGUUAUGCAGCUGAUGAGAAAUCUGUUUCUAUUGCAACCUGGAAGCCACACUUGAAGGCCUUGCACACCUGCAGCCCUACCAAUCAGAAGCUAAGUUUUAAGGAGCGUGUGCGCAUGGCUAGCCCGAGGGGCCAGAGUAUUAAGAGCAGACAAGCUUCAGUAGGUGACAGGAGGUCCCUGAGCACCGACAUCACAGCCGAGGGCAGUCCCACCAAAGUGCAGAAGAGCUGGAGUUUCAAUGACCGAACCCGCUUCCGGCCAUCACUGCGCCUCAAAAAUUCUCAGCCAAAACCAGUGAUAGAUGCUGACACAGCCCUUGGCACUGAUGACGUAUAUGAUGAAAAAGGAUGCCAGUGUGAUGUAUCCGUAGAAGAUCUCACUCCACCACUUAAAACUGUCAUUCGAGCUAUCAGAAUUAUGAAAUUUCAUGUUGCAAAAAGGAAGUUUAAGGAGACACUACGCCCAUAUGAUGUCAAAGAUGUCAUUGAACAAUAUUCCGCAGGUCAUCUGGAUAUGCUGUGUAGAAUUAAAAGCCUUCAAACACGUGUUGAUCAAAUUCUUGGGAAAGGGCAGAUCACAUCAGACAAGAAGAGCCGAGAGAAAAUAACAGCAGAACUUGAGACCACAGAUGACCUCAGUAUGCUUGGCCGGGUGGUCAAGGUUGAAAAACAGGUCCAGUCCAUUGAAUCAAAGCUGGACUGCCUGCUAGACAUCUACCAACAGGUCCUCCGGAAAGGUUCUGCCUCCGCCCUCACUUUGGCUUCAUUCCAGAUCCCACCUUUUGAAUGUGAACAAACAUCUGACUAUCAAAGCCCUUUGGAUAGCAAAGACCUUUCUAGUUCUGCACAAAACAGUGGCUGUCUAACCAGAUCGGCCAGUGCCAACAUCUCACGAGGCCUGCAGUUCAUUCUGACGCCAAAUGAGUUCAGUGCUCAGACUUUCUAUGCGCUUAGCCCUACUAUGCACAGUCAAGCAACACAGGUGCCAUUGAGUCAAAGUGAUGGCGCCACAGUUGCAGUCACCAACAACAUUGCAAACCAAAUAAACGUGGCACCCAAACCAACAGCCCCAACAACUUUACAAAUCCCACCUCCUCUCCCAGCCAUCAAGCAUCUGCCCAGGCCAGAGACCUUGCACCCUAACCCCGCAGGCUUACAGGAAAGCAUUUCUGACGUCACCACCUGCCUUGUUGCCUCCAAGGAAAAUGUCCAGGUUGCACAGUCAAAUCUGACCAAGGACCGCUCUCUGAGGAAAAGCUUUGACAUGGGAGGAGAAACUCUGUUGUCUGUCCGCCCCAUGGUGCCCAAGGACCUGGGCAAAUCUUUGUCUGUACAAAACCUGAUCAGGUCAACAGAGGAACUGAACUUACAACUUUCAGGGAGUGAGUCAAGUGGCUCCAGAGGCAGCCAAGAUUUUUACCCCAAAUGGAGAGAAUCCAAAUUGUUUAUAACUGAUGAAGAGGUAGGUCCAGAAGAGACAGAGACAGACACUUUUGAUGCCACACCGCAGCCUGCCAGGGAAGCUGCAUUUGCGUCGGACUCUCUAAGGACUGGAAGAUCACGAUCAUCUCAGAGCAUUUGUAAGGCAGGAGAAAGUACAGAUGCCCUCAGCUUGCCUCAUGUCAAACUGAAAUAAGUUCUUCGUUUUCUUUCUCGGCCUAGCAGUUCCUUUAGCCAUACAUACCAUUGCAUGAACUAUUUUGAAAGCCCUUCUAAAAAGUUGAAAUUGCAAGAAUCAGGAAGAACAUGAAAGGCAGUUUAUAAGCCCGUUAUCUUUUAAUUGCAUGAAAAUGCAUGUUUAGGGAUGGCUGAAAUUCCAAGGUGCAUCAACAUUAAUCCACUCGUCUAGUAAUGUACCUUGAAUUUAAAAUCCUGAGAAACCCAGCACUGCUAAUGCUACAGAGUGUACAAAAAUGGCAAGAUGAGGUCAUUUAGAAGAGUUGACACUGUAUUUUUGAAAUUGUGAGAGUAAACACCUUCAAAUUUCAGGCAUUUCUGCUUUGUGACUAAGUACAGAAUACAUUUUCAAAAUUAGGCCAUAGCGUAUAUUAAAACACAAUGGCUGUCAACAGCUGCUAAUGAGAUAUCAAGUAAAGCAGAAUUCGGGGAUAACAGACACAGCUGCUUAUGUUAAGAUAGCUAUGCCAACCCAUUUCCACUCAGUCAUUUUAUUAUUAAUGUAACUUGAAUGUCAAUUUGUGUGCUUUUGGUGAUUUAGUGCUGUGGCAAGCAAUUUUGCACAUCAUUUCCAUGUUGUCUUUGAUGACUGCAAUGGUUUUCAAUGAGGAAAUGUGCAAAGAAUGAAAUUCAGGGUCAGUGGGGCAAAGAGAGUCACUUUUUGACAAAUCCUUUAGAAACUUAUUCCCCAGUGGCAGAAUCAACUCUGUAAGUGGUCAGCUUCUAUACAAGCUUGUGAGAUGCUGGUCUGGGUGUCAGUCAGUGUGGCUGAACUGGUUUCUCCACAAAGGCAGGAGCUCCAGGCUUGCCAGUGCUGCCCACCUGAAGGGCAAGAGGGAGAAACUCUUCUCCAGGAGGUGACAUAGAGGUAGAGCCCUGGGGGAGGGGGCAUUUGAGUGGGAUCGAGAGAGGAAAGGUUUGGAAAGAGUCUAGAAGCAACAGCAGGAAGUAGUAGAAGCCAAAGGGCAACAAAGAGAGAAACAAACCAAAAUCAAAUAACUAGAUUUUUUAAGAAGUAAGAAUUGCUAGGGAAUUCAACUACCUACACAUCCCUUAUUCUUAUAAACAGAGAAUUUUGCAAAGUAUUUAUUUUUAAAUAUGCCCUGAAUGUCUUUUGCUAUUAUGUAGUACAUUUUGCAUAUGAAAGGCUAAAACUAAACUUCCUUUACUUUUUAUACUAUAGUGAAGAUUUUCUAUUGUUCCCAAGAAUAUUGUCCAAAUCUCAAAUUACUGGUUCAGUUUCCUGGUAUAAACAUUUAAAUUAGAAGCCAGAUAACAGGGUUUGCAAAUCAAAACACUUCGUUAUUACUAUCAUGGUAGCAAAAAGGCCAGGGGAGAUUUUUUAAAUGUAUUUAUCAGAAAGCAAGCAAUGCCAACUGCUUAUUUGUUAGAAAAUAGCAGCCAGGUGUGGUGGUACACACAUAUAAUCCCAGCACUCGGGAGGUGGAGGCAGGAGGACCACAAGUUCAAGGCCAAC